UUGGGACGCGUCCCGGACGAACAGUCACGUGACUCAGGUCUGUAUUUCGCAAUGGAAGUGUGACAGCGAAUUAAACGCAAUUCGGAUCUGUUUACCACCUACACACGGAGCAGGUCACACGGAUGGCGUUCAACAUGAACUUCCUCCAGGAGACUCUGCGUGUGCUGCUGCUGUCCGUCUACUACUUCCUGGAAGCCUUCGUGAAGUUCCUGCUGCCGGUGGGGAAGAAGAGCGUGGCCGGGGAGAUGGUGCUGAUCACGGGGGCGGGCAGCGGAAUCGGACGCAUCAUGGCCACCGAGUUCGCCGGAAUGGACGUCACGCUGGUGCUGUGGGACAUCAACCUGGACGGUUUGAAGGAGACGGCUCGGGCGGCUAAAGAGAAGGGUGCUCGGAGCGUGCACUAUUAUCAGGUCGACUGCAGCGACCGGGCCGAGGUGUACCGGGUGGCUGAGCAGGUCAGACAGGAAGUCGGUGACAUCACAAUCCUCAUAAACAACGCUGGCAUUGUCACCGGCAAGAAGUUCAUGGAUUCUCCAGACGCCCUUAUUGAGAAGACGCUCCAAGUUAACACGAUGGCUCACUUCUGGACGUAUAAAGCAUUCCUUCCAGCCAUGACGGAGAAAAACCACGGCCACCUGGUCUGUAUCGCCAGUUCUGCAGGACUGAUCGGUGUUAACGGUCUCGCAGAUUAUUGCGCUAGCAAGUUCGCCGCCGUGGGCUUCGCCGAGUCCGUGGCCCUGGAGCUCCUCGCCGUAGGAAAACGAGGCAUCAAGACGACUAUAGUGUGUCCGUACUUCAUCAACACGGGGAUGUUCGACGGCUGUGGCACGAAAUGGCCACGUUUGCUUCCCGUCCUGGAACCCGAGUACGUCGCGAAGAAGAUCAUGAACGCCAUUCUGACAGACCAGUCCUUCCUUUUAAUGCCAAGGGGCAUGUACUUCUUAAUGUUUUUGAAAAGUUUCCUGCCUUCUAAGGUAGCCGUGAUCCUGGGCGUGUACUUCGGAGCCUUCAACUUCAUGGACACUUUCAAAGGAAGACACAAGAAAGUGAAUUAAUCCGAGUUCGAUUUCGACAGCAUUCGAUUUCUACUUUUUAAUAGAAUGAAUAAUAAUAAUAAUAAUAAUAAUAAUAAUAAUGUAAUGAAUACAUGAUCAAAUCACAGCAGAUCUUGAAGGUGGUCCAGUUGUGCCUUAGCGAAGCUGCAUUUUUAAUCUGUUUACGUGUUUACGCCGUGCCUCAGUGACGAUAUCGUCCACUCGAAAUGCGUUCUUCAGUUUGUUUGACGUUAACGAGUGUUAACGUGUAGGAUCAAAGCCAUUUCAGCAUUAAUACACUGGACCACUGUUAUUUUUCUAACGGAAAUAUUUCGCCUGGAUUGUAAAGUUGUUGUUGUUUUUUUUUUUUCCUCCGUAAGUUUAGAAACAGACUGCAGGGGUGUGGUUCUGUGAGGACACGCCUACAAUAGUUAGUUUAUUAAAUAUCUGUUUAACAGCCUGCGAUAUGAAACUCAUGCUGUGACUAGGUUUAUGUACUGUAUGUUGGGGAGAGUGGGGUCGGUUGUAACACUAUCUGUUCCUCCAAUCAGCAACCAGCUGUGGUAUUGGUAUGACAGUAAAUUUCCUGAAGAACAUUUUGAAUUGUGUUCAUUCUACACGUAGAUGAAACCAUAAUGUACGAUGUUUGUCUGUUUCACUUUCACAUGGCGUCAUCGAUGGCAUUGUUGACAAUGCUAAGCUGGUUAGUUAGCACAUCUGGCUUUAAGAUGGUUGACGGUGUGGUGCUGGUUGUACCAGUGUUAACAAUAAAAGUAUUUAAGAUACAUAAAAAAAUAAAUAAAUAAAUACACGA